UGACUCUUUAUAUCGAUUAUGAUUAAUAAUCUCAAUCACCGGUCGUCGGUCGUUAAGUUUCCAAUAUCGUUUUCUAAUAAAAUUAUCCGCAGAAUAACCUUAAACUUGUAGGCACAGGUGGAUCAUAUUUUAAUUCUGGCGAAAAAAACGUCUGUUUCCCGAGGGUGUAUCCGUAUACUGUUCUGUGAGUCAGUAGGUCAACUGCCAUUGCCUUCUUUUUUCUUUUUUUUUUCGUCUGCCUAUAAAUGAUAGUGAAGACUGCCCGGUCGUCUUUAGAACUCUAAACCAAGACUUUCAUGAUUACGAAAUCGUCUGCUCUUUCCGUACAUUGCUUCAAACGAUUUAGAGAGUACAAUGAUUUGGCUUGUUUUGGCUGUUCUAUCCAUGACGGAGAAUGGAGAUGCCAUAGAGUUCGAGCCCUUCUUUCCGCACGAUACAUUCUUCUCUGCCGAAGAUCCCUUUAGAUUCCUUCCCCCGAGCUACAAGCUGGAUUCAACCCUCUCCCUCAGGCAAGAUUUCAAUGCUCCAUAUGCAUCCGAAAGUGCAGACUUACCAUUGUACACAGACGGGAAAGCAACCCUUCCCCAAAAAACGUUGUCGAAACUUGAGAGGGACUACAAAACUCAACUACAUAAGGUGGCCAGUGCCAAUGCCGAUCCUGGAUUAUACGGCCGAAACGGAAGGACUCGUACAUUUUCAGAUUAUUCUUUCCCCUCUACUCAGAGCGAAAGUCGAUUCAAUAGUGAAAGUUUCAAGAGGGAGCCAACGUCCAAAAAUGUUGAAAUUCAGAGAGGAUUCGUUCCAAUACUCGGUAAAAGAAGUCCAUCAAGCACCGUUCUCAAAGAUUUAGAGCCACCUAUUCUGACAGCUUCUUCCUCAUUUAAUCCCCAACGUUUUAAAGCAUCCUCUUCAAGAGUCCAUCCCGACAACUCCUCAUUGACUUCCUCCCCUACACCAGGAAGUGACUCCCGUAAACUAGAUUUUGGAAGAGAUGCUAGAGUUCUGGCUAUUAGCACUAGCUCCAGUGAAAGCGUUAUUUCAAGCGUCGUUCCGAAUGGAGUGAAUGAAGACGAUAAAGCGACAGCAAAAAAGACGCUGGAAAUAAAUUGCAAUGGAAGCCGGGAUCUUGGAUGGUGCGAACUCGAUGGUAAAUACCCCAGGAAAUAUGUUGAUCAAGUAGUGUCCAAUUGUCAAGAUGUUAUUGAGAGGAUGUACGUGGAAGUACCACACAGUUUUGAAAAGUUAUCCGAUGAUUCUAACUUUAAAACUCAAUUAGAUGACAGCGGUAGCCGGGCGAAAGAGAGAGGCAACAGGGCACACGAUGCAUGGUCAUGGGCAGCCUACUUUCACCAGGGAUCUCUCUGUGAUUCAGAGGCCGGUUUUUUGAGACCCGAAACAGCAAAAGACACUUCUGGCAAAUGGAAUAUCAUUUUGCAGACAGACACCUUAAAACAAAGAGUCCCCAUAGAAAUGUGCAGGAAGACGAACACUGCAUGCAAGAAGUCGUGCGGUCUGAAGAGCAGCCAGUGCCUCCAGAAGUAUAACUACCACCUCCUGUUGAGUGUGAACCCUCUUCUGAAACACGACUGUCCCUUCAUGAAACUUUACAGGUUUCCAUCAGCCUGUGUCUGUCACGCAGAAUGAAUGGCAUCCAUGUGUGGAUCACUAA